AUGACGAUUCUCAAGCAGUUUUGUCAUGAAUUAAAAAAUGGUACAACGUUAAGGGAUCUGUUCAUCAAAAAAAUGUCAAACGACAACAUCUUUAUGUCUUUCUAUGAACACUCGAGCUCUUCUCUCAUGGAAGUAAAUCAAGAAGAGAUCCCAGCGACGCAAAAUCUUUUUCGAUCCGAAGAAUAUGAAGAAGAAACUUCUUUAGGAAAGAGAAAGAUAAGUUUGGUUGUGGAGACCGAAGAUGAAAGGGAAGUGAAGAGAAAAGCUUUCUUCUCUCCAGAAACUCUAGAAGAAGAAGACAUUGAUAUGAUCGAGGAAGAUCUAGGAAGAGAUGAUCAUAGAGAUAAUAACGAGAUGAUCAUGGAAGAGAAGGUUCUUGAAGAAGAGUAUGUGGUUGACUUUGAUGGAUUCUUUUGA